GACGUAAAGUGGAGCUCCACGGGAAACACGUGUACUCCACUGUGUUAGUACCAAGAAAGAGUCUGGAACAAGUCUGAUGUUAUAUAGAACAGGUUUUCCAUGAAAACAUUUAAUGUUUACUUUAAAAACUUGUAUUUUACUCGUGGAUCUUCAGGCGUGCUGCAAAGUCGUAUUAACCAUCUGACAGUUACGUGUAUUUAGUUGGAAGUCGUAGGCGCAGUAAUCCUUACACUUUGUGUUGUGUUUUUCUUAGAUCACAGUUGUUAUUACAUUAAAAGGAACAUUGAUUUAUGAACUGGACUGUAAACAUGGAUCCCCGUUUAAAAGCGGCUUUACAUUUUCAAGCAACAAGCCUGCCACCCACCGUACCCUCUGCAGCAACAGGCCUGCCACCCACUGUACCCUCUGCAGCAACAGGCCUGCCACCCGCCGUACCCUCUGCAGCAACAGGCCUGCCACCCGCCGUACCCUCUGCAGCAACAGGCCUGCCACCCGCCGUACCCUCUGCAGCAACAGGCCUGCCACCCGCCGUACCCUCUGCAGCAACAGGCCUGCCACCCGCCGUACCCUCUGCAGCAACAGGCCUGCCACCCGCCGUACCCUCUGCAGCAACAGGCCUGCCAGUCAUAUGCGCUGUGGAACACUCAUAUGUGCUGCCAUCUCCAACUGUGAUGACUGAAGCAGACAUAAACACAAAUUUGGUCAGAUGCACUCAAUGUAGCCUUAGUGUUCUUCGGAAAAACUUAAAAACACACUUGCUCAGGAAGCAUGUAGAAAUGCCACAAGACAUCACACAGAUGAAUCAUCUGCGAAGUGUAUGUGUCGAUGAAAAAAGUGGCAUAUUUGCUGUACUUAAAACUAGACAUGGGUUUUCAGUCCCAGUACAUGUACAACGAAAAAUCUGGGGUGAAACUCAUCAGGUCAGAUGUGAGUUAGAGGAAUGUCACCAGUAUCAUUUGCUGGCUCGGAGGAGUGGACUUGGCUAUAGUUUAUGUGAGCAUCUCCGCUCUAUAGAUUACUGCAGAAAAACUGUUCCAGAAAUCUUUCUCAAGGAAGACAUCCUGAGGGAAAUGGUGUCUCUGAAAAUCUUUGGCGAGGCAAAGGCUGUGACGUGUAUAAACAGGCAGAAGGUUGCUCAGGCGGCACAAGUUCCCCUUGCAGUGAUGGUGGAGUUUGGGGAAUCCGCAGCACAGAUAUGUCUUUCCAUUCAUGAGUCUGAAAUACAGAGUUUUUGCCGUCUUGGCAGAUUAUUUGUGACAUACAACAAACAGAAGAACACCUGGCACUGUGCCUGUGCCAAGCCACAAACCUUGUGUCCUCACAAAAGCAUUUCAGAGUGGUUUCUCUUUCAAACACAGAGAGAUUUCUUCUGGACAAAGGUUCCACCAUCACCAGGAUCACCGUUACCGACAUCAGAGGAUGCGUCUGGAUGUCUACAUAAUACUGCUGUGGAGCCAAGUGUGUGCUACAUGUUUAAAGAAGAAAAAAUUCCUCAGAUACUGUCAAACGAGAUCACUGAACAAAAACAUAAAGUGGAACCUCAAGAACAGUUUGUUCCUGUUGAGACAAUGUGUCAAUUAUGCCCAGUCCAUUUGGUACUCGAUAAGGCAGUACAGGUCACUAAUAACGCUCAAAUUGUCAGCAUGAUGGGCCUUACUGGGAGUAAGUCUGGGGAAUCAGAUGCCCAUUAUGGAUUUAUUCCUGUUAUGAUUUAUCACUAAUACAAAUAUGAAACUUAUACUAACACAUUCAAUGUAAUUUGUCUUUUAGCUGUUACAUCGGGGCGGCAUGGUGGUGCAGUGGUUAGCACUGUUGCCUCGCACCUCUGGGACCCGGGUUCGAGUCUCUGCCUGGGUCACAUGUGUGUGGAGUUUGCAUGUUCUCCCCAUGUCGUCGUGGGGUUUCCUCCGGGUACUCCGGUUUCCCCCCACAGUCCAAAAACAUGCUGAGGCUAAUUGGAGUCGCUAAAUUGCCCGUAGGUGUGCAUGUGUGAGUGACUGGUGUGUGAGUGUGCCCUGCGAUGGGCUGGCCCCCCAUCCUGGGUUGUUCCCUGCCUCGUGCCCAUUGCUUCCGGGAUAGGCUCCGGACCUGCCGCGACCCAAUAGGAUAAGCGGUUUGGAAAAUGGAUGGAUGGAUGGAUGGAUGUUACAUCCUCUCAUAGGAGGUGUCCUCAGUGCACUGUGGUGUGCAGGUACCAGGAGUGGAAAGAUGGUCUUCAGGACUUUGAUGACCAUAUUUUCCUAUCUCUUGAACUGUGCCUUAUUCUCAGGGAAAAUAUACAGCUCAGGGUGUCACCAGUUUGUUCUCCUUAGUUGUUAGUCCUUAGAACGAUUAAAUUACUGGAACAUGA